AUGGAUGAAAACAGAGCUCCCAUCGUCCCUUAUGUGUACAUUAAGCAUACUGGUAAAGUGCGAGACGCCGAACCUGUUAGAGUGGUUAGCUCCUGUAACCUGGAGAUCUACACCUUCCCCUUUGACAUCCAGAACUGCACCUUCACCUUCAACUCCUACAUCCAUCACAUGUCGGACAUAAGGAUUAUCUUAGGGAAGAAGGUGGAGGACAUCCUGAAACGCUCCAUUAGCGUGUUGUCCACUGAAGGGGAGUGGGAGCUGAUGGGCAUCAAAUCCAGCAAGUUAAAUUUAUCAGCACUCGAUCAGGGAGAAAGCAACCCCUUUGAUGAGCUCUACUUCUACAUUGUCCUGAGGCGCAGAGCAACCCUCUACGUGGUGAACCUCCUGAUCCCCAGCUUCUUCCUCAUCACUGUGGAUCUCUUCAGCUUCCUGCUGCCUCCCCAGAACGUGGACCGCUCCUCCUUCAAGAUGAGUCUUAUUUUUGGCUACUCCGUCUUCCUGCUCAUCGUGAAUGACCUGCUGCCCGUUACAGGAAGCACCAUACCAUUGAUAAUACCUCCUCCUCCCACCCAUGCAGAUGUGUUCUUCGCCAUCUGCUUGGCUCUGAUGGUGGCCAGCCUGCUGGAGACUAUUCUCAUCACCAACCUUCUGGUUGGCUCCAGUAACUUCCACCCAGUGCCUGGCUGGGUCCGAGUGCUCGUCCUGCGCUUCAUGGGCAACCUCGUCUGGCUGCCUCAGAAAUCCAGAGAGGACAAGAUCAUCCGCAAUCCAGUUGCAGGAGGUACCCCUGAUCUGAUUCUUCCAGGGAGUUACAAUUACACAGACUUUCAUGCAAUUAGCAGAACCUUGUCUUGUCUUGCCAAACCCAAAGCAAUAUAGUGAAAGCAUUCAAUCACAGGCCUGAACAGUAACAUAAAUGCAGGUAAGAUGUGGGCAGAGGCAGGCGAUCCAGCCCUGGAGGAGCUGAGGAAUCUGGGCAAUGACCUGCAGUCCAUCCGCCUCCAUGUGGCCCAGCAUGUGGACGGGAACCAGAUCUCCCAGGACUGGAUGCAGGUGGGCAACAUCCUCGACCGGCUGCUGUUUGGCGUCUACUGCAUCUUCAUCACCUUCAGCUUCAUCGUCAUCGUCAUUAUCUGGAGUAAUUCAUACAACCAGUGAUGUAAUAAAAAAAAAUAGGUGGUUAAACGCCAUUCGUUGGGAAUACAGUAACGCUCCCUAUAUUUCCUUAUUAUUUUCCCAUGAUUGGUGGCUACAUUUUUGUGAAAAAUACAAAAUGUGAGGAAAUAGUGCUUACCCUCCACUGCGUACAAGACUUAGGAGUCUACCAUGUUGUUGACUGCUGUUUAGAUUUAAAAACAAUUACCUUAGAAUUACCAUAACUUCAACGAUCGUUUGUUUGAUCUUCUGGCUGCACUGAGUAGGUGUGUUGACUAGUACAAAAAAAAAAUAAUGCAUGAAAUUAAAUUAAAUGUAUGUAUUCAC